CCGGCUUCCGUCGGAUCCAGCCGCACGUCAUCGCCGCCCACCGAUCUCCAUCGCCCGCUGCCUCCGACGCCUGCCCGGAUCGUUUUUUAUUAGAAAUAUCAACAGCCACAGCACAUAUCAUCAUGCCAGUCAAUUUGUUCAAUAAGAAGACAUUUUCUGCAGUAUAUUAUAAGUAUAUGAUUCCGGCCUCCAAUGAAAUCCUCAGUAUGGUUUUAUCCUAUGUGAAAGAAAAAACAGAUGGGAGGCCUUUAGAAAUGGCGCUGGAUGUUGGCUGUGGGACUGGACGUUAUACUUUACCUCUAGCUCCUCACUUCAAGAAGGUUGUGGGAAUAGAUAUCAGUGAAUCCCAAAUAAAUGUGGCUAAAAAAAAUAGUUUAGCAAACAAUGUGUCGUACAUGGUGGCUCCGGCUGAGAAGUUACCCAUGGAGAAUAAUUCUGUGGACCUGGUGAAUGCCGCUCUUGCUGCUCAUUGGUUUAAAGAGGACAUAUUUGCCAGUGAGGCAGUUCGAGUAUUGAAAACAAAAGGAUGUCUGGCUGUACACGCUUUUUAUCCAAACACGGUCAUUGAAUAUGAAGAUUUGUCACGUGAACUAAACAUAGCAAUGUCUAAGGUGUGGGAUAUUUUGGUCCAGCAAGAUGAUAAAAGCUUAAAGCCCAUGUUUUGUCAGUACUAUAAUAUAUAUGAGGCUAUACAACUAAAAGACAAGAAAUGGAUCACAGAUAUACCAGUGCAAAUUCAGAUGUCCAUUCAGGAACUUAUUGGAUUUAUCCAGUCACUUAUUUUGUAUGAGAUAUUCAUGGCGAAAAAUGCAGAAAAAGCAAAACAACUGCUUUUGGAGACUGAAAAAAGAUUGCAACAGAUCCUUGGAGAAAAGGCUGAUUCUGUCCGACUGAAUGUGCAUCUGAAAUACUAUUGUGUCCUUGCUUGCAAACACUAAGAUGGAGUUCUGCCUUAUUUUUUCUAAGUAACUUGAGUAAUAUAAUAAUUAAUAAUGUGAUUUAGAAGAAAAGAUA